AUGGACCUGUUAGAUGGUCAUUUGUCUGCUGUCUUAUCAGUCUGUUUCUCUCCUGAUGGAAAUACAUAAGCUUCUGGUAGUAGUGAUAAGUCUAUCCGUCUUUGGGAUGUCAAAAAAUCAAAGGAAAUAGACUAAAUAGAAACUCGUUACAAAAAUCUUCUUACUUAGUUUUAAAUACCGCUUAAGAAUAGCUCAUUAUUACCAAAUGGUAUUGAUUAUAUAUUAUUAUUUAGUUAAUCCUGAUCGUACAAUACUUAGAAUUUGUUAAAAUCCUGUAUUAGAAGCAUCAGGUACACUUAUAAUGUAAGGAGAAUUAAUAGAUCAUUAAGGAAAAAAUUUAAAACCUUUAUUUAAAUCUAAAGGAAGUUGCUUUUUAGAAGACUUAUAGCAAAAAUGA